UGCGGCGCUGAUUGGCUGAGGGACGGGAGGCGAAGAGAGUGGGAGUGGGGGAGAGAGGGGCUGCGAGCGGACAGAGAGGAAGAGUGAAGACUUCUUUCUUUGUGCAUGAUCUGGACCAGAUCACUAGGGACAUCUCAGUAUGGGAAGAAGUUAUGUUCUUGGGGAGUACAGCGAGAGAUAUCUUAAGAAGCUGAAGGCAGAAGAGAAGUAUGGGACAACUGGUAUUUUACUAGGACAGAUUACUUCAACAAAAACCUAUAUUAUUUUUGCUGCUCGAACCCCACCUAAAGAACCACAGGCGAGUGCAGGUGAUUCGCCCAGUACGAAUGAAUUGGAAGCGACUGACGUUGAUUGGGUUUGUGAGCAUGCUCGACAGGUUUCCAGGAUGCUACCAGGUGGAGUGGUAAUUAUUGGAGUCUUUCUCAUCAGACCACCAAAUAUGACAAAGGAAGAGGCUCAGGACAUUUUUCGGAAAUUGGCAACUGGUGUAGAGAAUUCCAUUGUGAAGGAAAGAAUUUGGAGUUUAAUGGCAGAAGAGUCAACGGAACGAAUAGUUCUCCAAAUCUACGCUGAUUCAAAAAUAUUGAAAUUACGAACCUAUGAUGUUCAAAACCCAGAGUCUGCUAUUAAGACUCUAGAGGUGAAACCGAGCCCCUUAACAUCUACCUGGCCACAAGUGGAAGGUUCCCUCAGCGUAGAUGUUCGCAUCCCUCUACCAACUACCAACGUCAGUCACCUUGACAAGGAUACAAUGAGUGGUCUGUCUACCUGGGCACAACAAAUUCUUCACAGCUCUUAUCUAGUAAAUGGACGCUUGAGAGAUCAAGAUACUGAGCUAGUUGAAGGACAGAAAAAGAAAACAUCAUUGAAAGUCCAGUUCCUGUUACCUCCUGGCUUCAACCCUGCGAGUCAGACUACGGCUGUGAUCCAAACUUGCGCAAGCUCAAUCACUGUGAAGGGAGUUAUACACUGCAGGGCUUAUUUGCAUGGUAGUAAAACAAAAGUAAAAGAUGCCAUUCUGGCAUUAAAAAGAGAUGCACUGAACACUGUGUCAGUGCGCUGUCAAAUGGUCUUUGAGGAUCAAAUUAUGAAUAAGGGAGCACGUGCUGGAAGUGAUGCAGCAGGCCUCAAAGCUCCACGUAGAGUGUUUGCCUCAAUUUUGCCCUCUAAUGUUGCCAUGUGUGAUUACAUGUUUGAUGAUGAGGGCGAUAAGGAGCUACAAGAACGCUUUAAGGAACUUCUAGACUUUGAGAUACAAUUGACACAAGUGGAUAAAGCAGAAGAAAUAUUGUUGGAAGAGCAAGAAUCACUAACGAAGUCUUUGCAAGGAGUGGAAUAUACACCGAAAGCCAGGCUCCCAGAGGCUGCUGGUCAGUUUAAUUACAAGGGUGUGGUGAUUGCAGUAGGAGUUGGCGUACUUGCAAUAGCAGUCUCCUUGAUUUAUUUUGGCAACUUUGUUGGGCCUUGAGCAGUGAUACACAGCCAUCCCACUCUGAUUUCAAGGAAUGCAUAAUAUCCAGUUCCAGUUUGUUUGCUUGAACCUGUAUUCUCAAUUUUCAUUGAAUAAAACCAUUACACACAGAAAGACAAUAGA